UCUCUAACACUGAAAAUCUGCCUUCUAAGCCUUCAUUUAGCCAACGGAACUUCGAGUUUACUCGCUCAAACAACAGUUGCGAAUAAGGGCUAUCUAGAAGUCACAAAAGAGGUUGUUAGAUGCAACAGUAAGCUGUACUGUAUUUUCUGAGCUGUGGGAGGCCUGUCGUACAUUUUGAGAACCCGUGAGAGGAACCAUGUGGAGUAAAUCUACAGUGACGAGUUACACCCUGGCAGCCCUGGUCGGCACAAUCCUGUCCCUAGUCACAAUUCACAGAGAACUCCAACAGAACCAGUGUAUCAGACAGUGUGUCAGACACACCUCGUACAUGCACAGUGCGAUACAGCCCAGAGAUGACAGCCCUGAAGACUACAUAGGCGCACAGUGGGAGGAGUCAGAUGACCAUGACGUUCAGAUGGAGGAGUUCAUCCCCGUGGUCAAACCUUUCACAGGAUUCCAUAAAGCCGAGACUGACAAUAUCAGAGCUAGUCUGAUGGAAGAGACGCGCAGUAUGGACGACAUGUUCGCCACACAACAGAACAUCCAGCGGGGCCAGACCCUCCACUUCGCCGAGACCAAGAUGUGGUCACUACAGACGGAAACAGUGAAGAUUCCCGACGCCGUCCAUAACAUGCUCCCCCGGGAAACCGGCCUGAAACCAGCGCAGUACAAGACCUGUAGCGUGGUGGGAAACAGCGGCGUUCUGACUAACAGCAGAUGUGGAGGCCAGAUCGACUCGUCGGACUUCGUAGUCAGGAGCAACUUUCCUCCAGUUGGGGGAGAGUUCGCAAAGGAUGUCGGGAGCAAGACUGACUUCAUCACGAUCAACCCAUCAGUUUUCGCAUUCUAUGACAACUUGAUCAAAGAAAAAGACCAGCGUAAGUUUUUAGACGACCUGGCACAGUAUGGCAAACCUCUGAUGUACACACACCCGUUCAGGAUUUACCACCAGGCAAAGGUUUGUCUGCAGGCCAUCUCUGUCAUGAAGAAAGCAGGUCGUAUGGACCAGGUCAGGGCGUCACAUCCAGACUUCCUGACGUCUGUCGGGAAAUUUUGGAAGGGGCGUGGCUUACAGGAGUUGAGAUGCACCACAGGUCUGCUCCUAUUGGCUGUUUCCAUGUCCCUGUGUGAGGAGGUCACACUGUACGGCUUCUGGCCCUUCACCUCGUACAACGGGCACCCCGUCAACUACCACUACUUCGACCGGCCGACAAUCGGAACGAAGGAAUUCAAGGACAAGUCGCUGGAACGAGAGCUGGUUCAGCAUGGAUCUUUUCACAACUUCACGGAGGAGUUUUUAUUUCUAAACCGUCUUCACGACAGGGGGGUGAUAAACCUGCACGUGAGGCCUUGUAGUUAGUCUUUCU